AAGUGAGAGAUGUCAUAGAGGCAGAAACAUCAAGACUUGGCACUUGAUUGUAUGGGUGGACGGUUAGGAAGCUAAGCGACUGCCCUCACUGGAGAUGCCCUAUUGGGAAAUUAGGAAGUGGUUUCAUAUUGUAUCUCUUCUGUUCCCUCUUGUCCCUCAAAUAUCUCUAGCACAUUAGACAUCAUUUCUCCUUGUAAACAACGCUAUUAUUACCUUUCCCCGAAUCAGAUUUUCUUUCCUCAGGUCCUAAAGUUCCUUAAAGUACCCUCUUGGCCUCAUCCUGGAAAAUGGACAUCCAUCCUUUGCCUGCUCCUCCCAUGGGUUUGGUUUCCUCAUCGUGUUCUCCCUUAGACGCAAUUUCCCUUCGAGGUCAUACUUCCGUUUCUGUUCAGGAAAGGGAAAAGCCAAUUCGGUUGCCAAGGAGACGGACCGAGGACCUUGAAAGAUGGAGCGAGGAGACAGCUGCAUUCUGAUUGGUGCAGAGAGCAUUAGCUUCCCCGCCCUUCCUUUUCAUUUAAGGAUUAGUGCCAAGCUUAACAUUUGGCUUCGCUAAUGCCCUCGGUAGGAAGAACAAACUAGUUUUUCACGUGCUAAGAAGAGAAAGGAUGUGGCCGUACCAACCACGAGGACCUUCUGGAAAAGAGUCUCCACAGCAAUGAAGCAGAAGGCCUCACGUCACUCUGGAAGUUGUAGUCCUUUGGUUCUCAAAGCGCAAGCGCACUUUCGAGAUUUGUCUGAGGCUGCGCGCUCGUUCCCGUCGCCAUGAUUGGUUCUUCGCCCCUACCAGUUCCUUAUCGGAGGUCAGUCUGGGUCGCUGUGCCAGGUAUUUAACGGCCCGGCCCGAUCCUUGACCCCGCCCCGAGCCAGAACUGGGCGGAUCCGGGAGGGAUCGGGGACCAAGUGAGGGAGUUGGGGAUGGUUUGUCUAAGAGGGAGAAAACUGAUGUGUGUGACAGACUAACGUUAGAGUCCCUUCCAGAGGCUGUUUGGGUUGUUGGACCACAACAUAAUGUACCUACCGAAGCACCGGGGCUUCCGCCCGUGGAGAGACCUGACCUUGAUUUCUUCCGCCUUGUAUUUCCAGCACAUCAACUGCAUUACUGCAUAGACUCUGUAGUUAUCUAGCCUGGAGCUUCAGAGGAAGGGUUCCUGCUGAAGAAACAGAGACCUCAGCCCCUGAGUGAAAAUCUCAGCUAACAGGACUUUGCCUCUGAGGACCUUAGGCCUGCUGGGAACAAACAGAAAUCAGGCCCAGAAGGAGACCCAUUUGGCCUUAGAACUUUUGGGAUGAACUUCAAGAAGGAAGCUGGUCCUUGAGUGGUUGAUCAAUUUAUAACCAUCCUUUCUGGCUAAAGAGGACUGGAAUGACUUAAGAAUAUCUAGAAUAGAAAGUGUGACCUUCAAGGAUCUGACCCAAAUGCUUGGGGAGAAAGUUCUGCCUUCUCAGGAAUAUGCACUUAUCCAAGAGGGAAACAUUGAGGAAGAAAGACAGACCUGAAUUCCUUACAGCCAGGUUCCAGGAAUCACUGACAUUCAAGGAUGUGGCAGUGGACUUCACUCAGGAGGAAUGGCAGCAACUAAACCCUCAUCAGAGAUACCUAUAUAGGGAUGUAAUGCUUGAGAACUAUAAGAACCUGGUCUCUUUAGGGCAUCAGGUUUCCAAACCAGAUGUGAUCUCCCAGUUAGAGCAAGGAGAAGAGCCCUGGACAGUACAAAAAGGAGUCUCUACACAUUCUUGCCGAGACCAGGAUAUCAAGAAUAAAACCAAGGAUUCAAUUCUAAAGCAAGACAUUCCUGAAGCAGACCCACCCCAAAAAGUAACACUGGAAAAAUUCACAAGGGAUGGUAUCUGGUACUUUGAGCUAAGAGAAACUGAUUCCCAAUUUGGAAUAGAACAGAAUAUAAAGAAGGCAGAGCUGAGACAAAGUACAGUUUCCCAAGCAAAAAUAAUCCCUAUGAAGACAAACCACAAGUGUAACGAAUAUAGUUUGGUUGCAGAACAAAUUUUUCCUUCAAAAAAAAUCACUCAUAAAUUUGACACAUAUAGGAAAACCUACUGUAAUUCACAAUUAAUUGAAUGCCAAAAAAUCUGUGUAGAGAAAAAGCUGUUCAAGUGUAAUGAAUGUGGGAAAGCUUUUAGUAAGAGUACAAUCCUUAAGAACCACCAGAUGAUCCACACCGGUGAGAAACCCUAUAAAUGUAAUGAAUGUGGGAAAGCCUUCAGACUUCGUGGAAACCUUACUCGACAUAAUAGAGUCCAUACUGGAGAGAAACCCUAUGAAUGUAAUGAAUGUGGGAAAGCUUUCAGGCUUCGUGGAAACCUUAACCAACAUAAAAGAAUUCAUACGGGGGAGAAACCCUAUGAAUGUAAUGAAUGUGGGAAAGCUUUCAGAUUAUAUGCACACCUUACUCAACAUAAAAGAAUUCAUACUGGAGAGAAACCUUAUGAAUGUAAUGAAUGUGGGAAAACUUUCAGACUGCAGGGACAUCUUACUAAACAUAAAAGCAUUCAUCCUGGAAAGAAACCCUAUAAAUGUAGUGAUUGUGAUAAGACUUUCAGUAAAGGUUCACUCCUAGUGAGUCAUCAGAGAGUCCAUACUGGAGAGGAACCCCAUAAAUGUAAUGAAUGUGGGAAAGCCUUCAGUUCACGUGCAAGCCUUACUCAACAUAAAAGAAUCCAUACUGGAGAGAAACCCUAUGAAUGUAAUGAAUGUGGAAAAGCCUUCAGCCAGAAUGUAUGCCUUACUCAACAUAAGACAGUCCAUACAGGAGAAAAACCUUUUGAAUGUAAUCAGUGUGGGAAAGCAUUCAGUCAGAGCAGACACUUAAAUCGACAUCAGAGAAUUCAUACAGGAGAGAAACCUUAUAAAUGUGAUGAUUGUGGGAAGUCAUUUAGUAAUGGUGAAUUCCUUAGGCAACAUCAGAGAGUCCACACUGGAGAGAAACCCUAUAAUUGUAGUGAAUGUGGAAAAGCCUUUAGACUUCGUGUACACCUCACUAGACAUAGGAGUAUUCAUACUGGAGAAAAACCCUACAAAUGUAAUGAAUGUGGGAAAACCUUUCGUCUGAGCACACACCUAACUCAGCAUAAGACCAUUCAUACUGGAGAAAAACCCUACAAAUGUAAUGAAUGUGGGAAAACCUUCCGGUUGAGUACAGACUGUACUCAACAUCAGAGAAUCCAUACUGGAGAAAGACCCUAUGCAUGUAAUGAAUGUGGGAAAGCAUUUUGGGACAGGUCAUCCUUUACUAAACAUCAAAAAAUUCACACUGGAGAAAAACCCUAUGAAUGUAAUGAAUGUGGAAAAGCUUUUAUUCAAAGUUCAUCUUUUAUUCAACAUUGUAUUACUCAUACUGGAGAGAAACCCUAUGAAUGUAAUACAUGUGGGAAAGCCUUCAGCCUUCAUGCAAACCUUAUUCGACAUCAGAGAAUUCAUACUGGAGAGAAACCCUAUAAAUGUAAGCAAUGUGGGAAUGUCUUCAGGCACAGUUCAACCCUGAUAAGACACCAGAGACUUCACAAUGAAGAGAAACCUUAUGAAUGUCAUGAAUGUGGGAAAGCUUUUAGUAAGGGUGCACUCCUAAGGCAACAUCAGAGAGUCCAUACUGGAGAGAAACCCUAUAAAUGUAAUGAAUGUGGGAAAGCUUUCACACUACGUGGGAGCCUUACUGGACAUAAGAGCAUUCACACUGGAGAGAAACCCUAUGAAUGUAAUGAAUGUGGGAAAGCCUUCAGAUUGCAUGCACAUCUUACUCAACACAUGAGAAUUCAUACUGGAGAGAAACCCUAUGAGUGCAAUGAAUGUGGGAAAGCCUUCAGAUUGCAUGGACACCUUACUAAGCACCUGAACAUUCAUCCUGGAGAGAAACCCUAUGAAUGUAAUGAAUGUGGAAAAGCUUUCAGUAAAGGUGCACUCCUUAAGCAACAUCAGAGAGUUCAUACAGCAGAAAGACCCUAUAAAUGUGAUGAUUGUGGGAAAACUUUCAGUAUGAGUGCACUCCUUAAGCAGCAUCAAGGAGUCCAUACUGGGGAGAAACCCUAUGAAUGUAGUGAAUGUGGGAAAGCCUUCAGACUUCGUGGAAGCCUUACUCAACAUAAGAGCAUUCAUACUGGAGAGAAACCCUAUGAAUGUAAUGAAUGUGGGAAAGCUUUCAGUACAGGUGCAAUUCUUAAGCAACAUCAGAGAAUCCAUACUGGAGAGAAGCCCUACAAAUGUGAUGAAUGUGGGAAAGCCUUCAGUAGGAGUUCAAGUCUUACUGAACAUAAGAGAAUCCAUACUGGAGAAAAACCCUAUGAAUGUAAUGAAUGUGGGAAAGCCUUUAGACUGCAUGGACACCUUACUAAACACCAGAGCAUUCAUCCUGGGGAAAAACCUUAUGAAUGUAAUGAAUGUGGGAAAGCCUUCAGACUUUGUGGAAAACUUACUCAACAUAAGAGAAUUCAUACUGGAGAAAAACCAUAUAAAUGUAGUGAUUGUGGGAAAGCAUUUGGAGAUGGUGCACUUCUUAUGCGGCAUCAGAGGGUCCAUACUGGAGAGAAACCAUAUAAAUGCAAUGAGUGUGGAAAAGCCUUUAGUCGUCGAGCAAACCUUACUCAACAUAAAAGAGUCCAUACUGGAGAAAAACCUUAUGAAUGUCAAGAAUGUGGGGAAACUUUCAGUCAGAGUAAACAACUAAAGCGACAUCAGACACUUCAUACUGGAGAAAAACCCUACAAAUGUAAUGAAUGUGGGAAAACCUUCCGUCAGAGUAGACAGUGUACUCAACAUCAGAGAAUUCAUACUGGAGAGAGACCCUACACUUGUAGUGAAUGUGGAAAGACCUUCAGACUGCAUACACAGCUUACUGAACACAAAAGCAUUCAUACUGGAGAGAAAGCUUAUGAAUGUAAUGAAUGCGGUAAAGCCUUCAGACUGCAUGCAAAUCUCUCUCGGCAUCAAAGAAUACAUACAGGAGAGAAACCCUAUAAAUGUAAUCAGUGUGGGAAUGCUUUCAGGCACAGUUCAACUCUAGUCAGGCAUCAGAGACUUCAUGGUGGCGAGUAAUCCUGGGGUUUUAGUGAAUGGAGAAAUGUUUUCUGUUAUAUUUAUCCUUUAUUCAGAUAUUUGUGGUCAUUGUCAUAGUUUGUCACUAAUUGAUUUUGUCAUGUCUUAGAGAAAAAUAUGCUUCCUCUCCUUUAUUUCUUUCUGCUCUACUAUACACCUCAGUGCCUACAAGGAACUUCACAUCAAUUUACUUCAAAGUAUAUCACCUUAUAAUUAUUAUGGUCAGUGAUUAGUUCAGCUAACAUCAGUUUUCUGAUGAUAUGGGUAAAUUUUUGUCCUUGCAUUCUUUAAAAUUACCCAGUUUUACAGUUUUCAAUACCUACUGAAAUUUUCGCAUGAUUUCUGGUAAUACCACACUAGGAGGCAUGGCUACCCAAUAGAGUUAGGAAGUUGAUCAUUAGCUUUAAUUGGCUUUAAGUGAGUUGACCAGCUUUUUUUUAGAAGUAAAGUUAAACAACUGUGAGGUGGGAUGUGUAUUUAUAAAAUUAUUGUCAAGGAUCAGAGAUUUAAAAUGUUAAAGAACCUUAGAAGCCAUAAAAUCCAACCACAUUUUACAAAUGAGGAAACAAGCCCAUAUUGUUUGAUUUUUUUCCAAGAUCACAUAGUUAGUGAUAGGAUUUAAACCUAGAUGUCUAAGUUAAGAGGAUUGAAUGGAGUCAGGUUCCUUGAUCACUUUUCCCUACUCCCUAAAAUGAACAAUAGAAACACCAAAGGGAAGAGAAAUGGCUAAAACUAAAUUACAUGCACACAUGAGAAGGAAAAAAAAGCUAAUCAGAAUUUAGUAUGAGCAAAGUAACAGUGCUGACACAACUAAAAAUACUUAAGAAUAAUAGAAUCAGGUAAAAUACCAGAAACUAUGAGAGAUUGAAAAGGAUAUUAUGAAACCAAAAAAAAGUAAGGGUUUGUUCUCCCAUUGGAUAUGCAACAUGUGAAGUCUGAAAUAACUGAGGGACAAAGAUUCAAACUUCUAAGCAUAUUAGUUUAUUAAGCAAUGCAUGCCAAUUGCAUAUCAAAUUGGGACUGUACCUCCUCAGCUUGGCACUGGACCCAAGUAUAGGGGAGAUAAGAUCUUUAUGCAUUAAAACAAUAGGAUAUAAACCAGAGUACAAAAUUGGGUAAUCUGAUUUCUAAUUUAAGGAAAUAUUAGGGGCUUUCCAAAUUGGGAGGGGGAGAGUGAACAGGUGCAAUUCCUUAAAAUCAGGAAAAAAGAGGUGUCCCACUUGUCCCUACCUCCUAAAUGUCUAUUCAGUCAAAGGAACAAUGAAACAGUAACUGGUUGACCAGGAUGGGGCCAGUUUUCAAAUAAGACAUGGGAUGCUGGAGAUGUAUAAUUGUGAAAAAACUCCUUGCAUCAGUCUUUGGAUCUAACUGGAUUUCUGGUAAGCAUAACCUAGAUCCUUAGUUAAAGGUCUCUAAGCAACAGGUAGGGGUGGUCCAGUUUCCCAACCACACAGGGCUAAGUUCAAACUGCAAUAAAGUUUUCUUACAGGAUAGAAAUUGGAUUAGACCUACAACUGAAUAGAAAGGGAACUGAGCUAGAUCCAGAAUUGAGUUAUAAGAUGGGAUCAGUGUGGUCCACUCAAUUCCCAGAUAGAAGACACAACCAAGUGAAAUUGGUGAUGCUUAGAAAAAUCACAUGGUUAAAUAAUAGCUACAAUAUUAACUAAAAAGUAGAUUACAAAAAAAAUAUAAGAUGCAAAAAUGCAAGAAAUACACUAUAAAAGUAUAGUGUAUUUCUUGCAUUUUUGGAUCUUAUAAUUGCACAUAAUUGUGAAGCAACAGAAAAUAUAAUUCCCUUCCAAAGGACACCUUGAAUUAUCCAAACUAUUGGAAAAAACAGACUUAAGUUACUGAUAUAUAGUAUAAAUCACAACACUAGUCAGGAUUGUAAACAGACUAGAGAAAUUAAAAGAACAAGAGAAUUUGGACACUUUCUAGGAACUACUGAAGAAAAUUUCCCCCAGAAUUGGUUAAAGUAACCAGUGAAACAUAAUUAGAAAUAAUACAUAACAUUCAACAAGAAUGCAAGCUUGAGGGCAGGGAUUUUUUUUGUUUUUUCAGUCAAUAUGUGUUGAUUAACCAGAAGGAAAAAAAAAUCCUCAAAUUUAACACUUGCUAGAAGUUCCUCAGUUAAAUGCAACAGUACAAUAACAAAAAUGCUAGUAUAUGCUAGAAGAAGUGAAAAAAUUACUAAGCAAUUAGGACCACACCAGAUUUCAAGAACAAGGAAGGAUAACAGAAAUUGGAAAAAAGACAUUUGCAAAAUGAGAGGCACACACCUUGAACCCUUAACCCACAGAAUAUAUGCUGCAUGAAGACGGGAAAUAUUCAAAAUGCAAAUAGCUAUUAGGAUGAAGAAAGAUUUAUAAAUACUGGGCAGGGGUACAGUGAUAGUAAGGAAAGAUUUUAAAAUAGCAUGUGAAGGAAUGAUGCCAAGAAAAUGAUGUGUAUAGAACAUUUCCUUAAGUGGAGAAAAUUUAUACUACUAAGUGCAGAGAAAACAUUCUUGAUGAAAGACACUUGUUUUUAAUGGGGAAAAUACAGGGAGAAGAAGUCAUAUUAUGGUUUGUAAAAGUAUUUGAAACCCACCAGCCCUGGAUUCAAGAAGACCUGAAUUCAAAUCUGACCUCAGACACUUGAUAUUUACUAGCUAUGUGAUGCUGGGCAGGUCACAUAACCCUCAUUGCCUCACCAAAAAAAAAAAAAAAGUAUUUGCAACCAUAAGCUAAUACAUACAAAGGAGAAAUUCUAGCAGCAUUCCUUGAUAGGGUAUCGGUGGAGGGAUAAAUUUAUAAAUAAAUGAAAAACAUUUUUUCAACAGAUAUCAACAUUACUACAUAAACAAUAGUUAUAAAAACUAGCUGGUACUAGAAAAAAUAAUAGUGAUAGAAAAAAUAAUAAAGUGGGAGGCAAGGUGGCACAGUGUAUAUAGAGUGCCAAGCUGGGAGUCAGC